CCAUUUCAUUGGUCAAAUCCUCUCAGAGAUCCAGAAAUUCAAUCCGCCAUUGUUACAAGUUGAUCAUUGGUGGCGGACCACGGCGGACGGUGGUGGCGCUGUUGAUCUCCGACGAGCUUGUAACAAUUGGUGGAUUUAUAUGUAGUUAGAUAUCAGAAUACACACACACAGAUACAAAGAGAUUGACGAGGCUUAGGUUUCGGAAGAAGACGAGGUUGAUGAUUUGGAAGUGAUUUUUUUCACAUAAUUCUCAAGCUCUGUUUCGCCAUUGUUUUCCAAUUUGUUCACUUAAGAGGAACACGAAGGUCUAGAAAUCAUGGGAAGCAGUUACGAGGAAAGUCCAGUGGUUGUUGCAAAGGAUGCACCCGUGCCUCCUCCAUUACCGUCUGCUUCAUCGACGACAACCAUGAAGACACACAGGACAACGUUUGGACGACGAAGCUGUUGUGUUUCUGCAGCCAUGUCAGAAUCAUGGGAUCGUCUCUUCGAUGAUGCUUACAGAGCUGAUGUUUCGAUUUACACAAGUAGUGACGACAUCAUCUACGCACAUUCUAGCAUUCUCGGGUUAGCUUCGCCUGUUUUUAGAGGCAUAUUUAAUCGAAAGAGUAGAAGCAAUCGGCCAUUUUCCGUUCCUAUUCGUGGCGUUCCUGCCGAGGCUGUUCGUAUUUUCAUCCGAUUCUUGUACUCUUCAUGCUAUGAAGAGUAUCAAAUGGAAGAACACAUUUUGUCUUUGUUGGUGCUUUCGCAUGCUUACGUGGUACCACGUUUGAAACGAGAGUGCGAACAUCGACUCGAACAUAAAUUCCUAAACAUAGACAAUGUCGUAGACGUAUUUCAACUAGCGCUGUUAUGUGAUGCCCCGCGACUUAGUAUCAUUUGCCAUCGAAUAAUCCUAAAGAACUUUAAAGCCGCCUCUUCAUCCGAAGCCUGGAAGGCCAUGAAAACGAGUCAUCCGAUUCUCGAAAAGGAACUUCUCGAAACCGUUGCUGAUGAAGCCAAUAGGCAAAAGGAGAAGGCGAAGAAGGUGAAGGAGAGAAAGAUAUAUCUAGAAUUAUACGAGGCGAUGGAAGCCCUUGUUCAUAUAUGUAGAGACGGUUGUAGGACAAUUGGCCCACACGAUAAGGUAUUGAACGAGCAUCAAGAGCCGUGCAGCUACGAAGCUUGCAAAGGCUUAGAAUCUCUCAUUCGCCAUUUUGCUGCUUGCAAGCUACGAGUCCCCGGUGGCUGUAUCCAUUGCAAACGAAUGUGGCAACUUUUGGAGCUACACUCUCGCCUUUGCAUCGAUUCAAACACUUGCAAGGUUCCUCUAUGCAAGAAUUUGAAGGAGAAGACGAAGAAACAAAAGAAGAAAGACGAUAUAAUGUGGAAGAUAUUGGUGAAAAAGAUCUUGAGAUCGAAGAGCAUAACAGGAGCUCCGUAUUUUUCGUUAUCGGCCACGAUGUGACGGUGGAUAUGUAUAUACAUAUAUAUAUAUAUAGAGAGAGAGAGAGAGA